AUGGAACCCGAUCUAGGAACUGGAAAAGGAAACAGUGUCCUCCAUUUAAUCAACCUCAAAGAUGACACCAAGAACAAUACAGAGGAGAAGAGUGAGUACAACAUAGAAAUAACGUAUGGUAUAGAUGACGUUCCGCCUUGGUACCUUUGCAUUUUCAUGGCACUUCAACACUACCUGACAAUGAUAGGAGCAAUUGUGUCUAUACCAUUCAUAUUGACACCUGCACUUUGUAUGAAAGAGGAUGACCUGGAUAGAGGAAGUAUCAUAUCUACGAUGAUAUUCGUAACCGGCAUCGUCACCUACAUACAGACAACAUUUGGUUGCAGAUUGCCCAUCGUUCAAGGAGGUACUAUCUCCUUCCUAGUGCCUACCUUGGCCAUCUUAAGCCUGCCGAAGUGGAGGUGUCCUGACGAAGAGACGAUCAACGCUAUGUCUCCCGAAAACAGGACGGAGCUUUGGCAGAUCAGGAUGAGGGAGCUCUCAGGAGCGAUUGCAGUAUCCGCGCUAGUCCAAGUCCUUAUGGGAUUUUGCGGUGUGAUGGGAAUCAUCCUGAAAUACGUGACGCCAUUGACGAUAGUACCUACAGUCUCCUUGGUCGGGCUCACGUUGUUCGAGAACGCGGCGGACGCAGCAUCCACUCACUGGGGCAUUGCUGCAGGGACGAUCAUACUACUCACACUGUUCUCUCAAAUACUUACCGAAGUCAAAGUACCUGGGAUCAACUACUCAAAAAGUAAAGGUCUUCACAUAACGUGGUUUCAUCUUUUUAAACUUUUUCCAGUCCUCCUGACGAUCGUGAUCAUGUGGGCAGUGAGCGGUCUUCUUACUCUCUUCGACGUCCUUCCGCCCGGCCAUCCCGGAAGGACUGAUGUAAAAAUUAGUAUUGUCGAGCAGUCGGCUUGGUUUCGGGUGCCAUAUCCUGGUCAAUGGGGAUUGCCGACAGUCAGCGCCAGUGGAGUUUUGGGUAUGCUAGCUGGAGUCCUUGCCUGCACUGUGGAGUCCAUCAGCUACUACCCUACCGUCGCCAAAAUGUGUGGUGCACCUCCUCCACCAAUACAUGCAAUUAAUAGAGGCAUUGGUAUUGAAGGCUUCGGAACAAUGCUAGCUGGCCUCUGGGGAAGUGGUAAUGGCACAAACACAUUUGGGGAAAAUGUUGGUGCCAUAGGUGUUACCAAGGUUGGUAGCCGCAGAGUGAUCCAAUACGCAUGUAUUCUUAUGUUACUCCAAGGUGUCAUCAACAAGUUUGGAGCUGUGUUCAUAAUCAUACCACAACCGGUAGUAGGUGGUAUCUUCUGUGUGAUGUUUGGGAUGAUAACUGCCUUCGGCUUAUCUGCAUUGCAAUAUGUCCAGCUUAAUUCAUCCAGGAAUUUAUACAUUAUUGGAUUUUCUAUGUUUUUUUCAUUGGUACUAUCUCAGUGGAUGAAAGCCAACCCUAAUGUAAUACAAACUGGAUCUGAAAUCGCGGACAGUAUAAUAACGGUUUUGUUAAGCACCAGUAUAUUGGUAGGUGGCGUCUCAGGAUGCCUCUUGGACAAUAUCAUACCAGGAACACCUGAGGAAAGAGGCCUAAUUGCCUGGAAAAAAGAAAUGGAAUUAGAUCACAAUGAAGAUGAGACCGUAGAAUCAAGUACUUAUGAUUUUCCAAUUGGCAUGUCUCUAUUAAAAAGAUGCCAGUUCGCAUCAUACAUACCUUUCUUACCAACUUAUAGGCCUAGGAAGAAAGAAAAUUAG